CAACUUGACUUUGGUGCAUAACCUAAUUUCUUAAAUGUGUGUGUGUGUGUGUGUGAAUAAUUAGGUAUCCUCUUCCAAAUUUGUAUUAGGCCUAGUUUAGCAGACCUAAUUAGCUCAAUAGCAACAAGAAUUAUUUAAUCCAAAAUGUCUGCUUCAAGAUCUUUACCUCAGAGUAAAGAAGCCUUAUUGAAAUCUUAUACUAGUCGAUUAAAGGAUGAUGUAAAAUCUAUGCUGGAAAACUUUGAAGAGAUAGUCAAGUUAUCGAAAGGAGAGAACGAAACUCAGCUACAGCGGAUGACUCAGUGCGAGCAGGACACUUACGAGAUGCACGUCCGAGCAGCAAACAUUGUCCGUGCGGGAGAAUCGCUCAUGAAGCUUGUCUCUGAUAUAAAACAGUAUUUGAUUCUUAACGACUUUCCGUCUGUCAAUGAAGCAAUCACACAGAACUCCAAGCUGUUCAGAACCAAACAAGCUGAGGCUGACCAGAAGUUAACAAUUCUCCGUGACGACAUGGCAGCAGAUCUGUAUGACCUUGAGGAGGAAUAUUACACUUCGGUGUACAAGUCGUAAAUGUUUUUGUGUGUGAAUGACUGUUAAAAUACUUCAGACAAGUGUGCUGUAUUAUUUUGUAAUAUUUUGAAUUGUAAAUAUAUUUCAUUUAUCCAUACUGAA